UUGACACAUUGUCUUCGUAUUUAUAUAAAACGUUUUCAAGUGGUCGUCUCAGUAUUGGAAAUUCAAGAUAGAUUCAAGAUUGGACCGCAUAAAGAUGGAAAAUAGCACAAAUGGACACGUUGUCAGUGAGGAGGACAAAAAAUUCAUUUUUGAUUACUUGAAUAAACUAUAUUCCGCGAAUACAGAAACUAUAUCUGAAGUUUACAGCGGUUUUGCUUCUGUGUAUGAUAAAGCCAACGCUAUUCUGAAGUACGAGCCCUUCAAAGGGCUUGCAAAAGACUUGGCUGUAUUCUUCGAGCACAAAAAUUUAGAGAACAAGAAGAUUUUGGAUGUGGGAUGUGGCAGUGGAAAUCUUGGAAAGUCUCUUGUUAAAGAAGGAUUUAAAGAUAUUGAUGGAUUAGACAUGUCAGACAAAUUCCUAGAGAUGGCCGAAGAAACAAAAUGUUAUGGCAAAUUGUUUAAAGUGUUAUUUACCUCCAAUCCCACCCCUGGUAUUAAAGACAACUCAUAUGAUGUGGCUAUUUCCGCCGGAUGUUACCUCGCUUGUCACCUUCCAAUGGAUACCAUAUUUGAGCUUGCACGUAUAGUGAAGCCCGGAGGUUACAUACAUUAUACAGUUUCUGAUCCAAACGACAAAAUGGAUUUUAUGUAUUGGCAAGGUAAGUUGAUGAAGGAAAAGAAGGCAGAGUUAAUCUACAUGAAGAAGGAGCCGUAUAGAUUGGAACCAACGAAAAACUUUGAAGAAGUCCAUUGCUACUACGUCAUGUUUAAAGUAUUAUAACUUUCAAAAUUGUUCGCGUUCGCAUGAAAUUUUACUACAAAAUUUUUCGCCAAAAUACGAGUAAAUUAUAAAAGGACAGACAACAAGGAUGAUCUUAAAGUUUUGUAAGUUUUGUAACACAACGCACGUGAUUAUAAUGUAAGUUUUUAUUUUUAUAUAGUUAUUUAUAAUACAGAAAUUUAAGCACCAACCUCAAUCUUAUUAAUAGUUUAAAAAUAGUCUUCUUUCCCUAUGUAAACAAAAAAAUUUAUUUAGCAAAUAUUUCUUGGGUUUAAGGCAAUAAAUAACAAAAUAAGUUUGAUAAAUUUUCUCCCUGAUCUUUGUCAGAGCAUCUUCAGAUCACAACUAAAAACGUCUUUCAACAUGCAUGUACAAAAUGUUAAAAAUUCUCUUGAUAAAAAUAAAAUGUAUAAAGUUCGUUUAUUAACAAUAAAGGUCGUUAAAAAUUAUAAUAUGUUUUCCCAAAUUUCAGAUAGUCGUCUUAUUUCAUCUUUUUUGUUCAAUAAAUCCGAUUUGUGUUGUUUAAUCGCUAAUGCCUCUUUAAAUUUUCUUUUAAUAAAAUUGUUUUCCCUAUAGAGAAUUUCUAUUUUCUCAAAGUUCAUUUCGUGUUUUGUUUCUUUAAUGUGUUUGGACAUUCCAGAGACAUUAAAGAGACAAUAAAAAUAAAUCAAAAGAAUUAUAAAUAAGAUUCUGAUAAACACUAAAAUUCACUUGUCUUAGUACUGUUUAUUUUUCAACCAUUUCACGUUAAAACGAACCCUUCAAAAAGUGAGAAAAAAACUGUUGACGAGGUUGUAAACAACCUGUUACUAAAUCCUUAUUUAUUUUCUGAUUUGCUACUUUUUUAAUGGUGUUUUCGACAAAUAGAUACGUUAACUUUCAAUAAUCCUUUUUGGCAGGAAAAUAAGAUACAGUCUGCAUAAAUAAUACAUCACAGUAAAAUUAAAAGUUUUGUUUUGAUAAAGAAGCAGGAGAACAAAGCAGGACAACAAAGCAGGACAAAAAAGAAAACCCUAAGUAUUACAGGUUAAUCUAGACUGUUGUAUUUCAUUAAAAUAAAGAUUCUCCCUUACAAUCUAUGUUGUAGCAAAAAUCUUAAAAUUGUUCAACCUCGUACCCAGGCCAUCUUGUAUCUUUUCUCCGUCCCGGUUACAGAAAAGAAACAACAGGUGCUGGGAACGAGGUUGAAAAUUAGUUUAUUAAUAUUUAUAUAUGGUUUAAAAACGUGGCAAUAUAUUUAUCUUACUUGCAAAAGCAUAUAAAACAAAGAUUAAGAGAAAUAAAAAGCUUUCAGAAAACGAACUUCCCCCAAAAUGGCUACCAUUACAUUAGAUCGCCAACCAAGCAUCGUGUUAUUGCUUUACGUUAUACUCAUCAACGGGGGCCAUAUUGAAAAUGUUGUACUCGAAUGUUAUUAUUUUUUGUUUCAUAAUACGUAAUAAUUUU